AUGAGUAUAGAAAUUUCGUUCGUUAUUGAAACUUGGAAUAAACAUUGCUAUGAGCUACGUAUGACAUCAUUUCGUACUGAAGACACACCAAGCUAUCGCUUUUUCAUGAACUUCAAUGGUGACAAAACAUCACUCUCAUCUGUAUCCAAAGUGUUAAAGGAUGUCAAUGUACCAAUGUGGCAUGUUGUUUUGUCACAAAUGCCACAAACAUCUAAAAAGGAUUUGCCGAAGACACUAUAUAAUGGAACAUAUAAAAUAUGUCAAUUUUGGCGUUAUAUUAAACAUACCAAAGCAUUUAACAAUGUCGUGCAUUUAAUCUUUGACAAGGAAAGCGGUUCAAAUAUGAGUUUCACUUGUCCAUUAGUUUCGGGCACAUAUGUUAUGCAAAAUAUACGUGUACCACCAGAUACGGCUAUUUUGAAAUUGAUGUACUGGCCAAAUACGAUGUAUUCGCUAAUAGGCACAGUCUACUCCCAGGGACAGAAUAAAACAAUGGAGAAACUAUGCCGCUAUGAAAUUAAUGCAACAGUCAAGAAAUUAUGUUAG